GAAUGCAGAAACCAGUUAUUGUAGCAACAAACAUGCUGGAGAGCAUGAUUAAUCAUCCUACGCCAAUAAGGGCAGAAGUCUCUGACAUUGCAAUUGCAGUACGGGAAGGUGCUGAUGCGGUCAUGCUUUCUGGAGAAACUGCGCACAGAAAAGCCACAUGGGUGAAAUGUUUGCUUUUCAUGCCACAACAAUGGCAAACACUCUUAAUACGCCAAUUAUUGUUUUCACAAGAACAGGAUCUAUGGCUGUACUCCUAAGUCAUUAUCGGCUUUACUCAACAAUAUUUGCCUUCACAAAUGAGAAAGUCUAUCAUGAGGAAUGAUAUGUAAUUCAUCUCCGAUGUAUCAAUUCUAUCUCUAAUUUUGGUUCAUAAUUACUCUUCAGCGAUUCGUAUGCUAACACAGUGAGUUUAUUAACAACAUGGCUUUGGGCAAGUAGCAUAAAAUAACAUUAGGAAGGUGAACAUAAAUAAUAUAUUUAGCAGGAAUUUUUUUUGACAAAUUAGGCACACAGGAGUCUUCUGUAGUUAAUGUAUCAUUAUUUUGCCUGAUGUACAAAAAUGGGAAAAGAAAGUAAGUGAACAGGAUUAUCAAAAUCUGUGCCAGCACAGCUGAUGACAUCUUUUGACUCUUCAAGAUUUCAACUUAGCUAAAAUAAAGUUACUGGAUGCAUAAUUAUGAACUGAACUGAUUUCGUAAACCAUCUAAGUACUAUUUCUUAUCUGUUAUUAUAAUUAUCAUCCAUAUUCACUAACGGCAUAUUUUUUCACAUGUUAAUUGAAUAUAUUCAACACUCAAAAUAUGCUUGGGUGCUUAUUAAAUUUGAGAGUAGCACGGUUCUGCAAGUGCAAAAUAUUUUAUCUGACAUGAUAAUUUGUGCUUAGCAGAGAAAGGAUUAAGCAGAGGCUGGUGCUUUAUCAUGGUGUUCUGCCUAUAUAUAUGGAAUUCUCAAAUGACACUGAAGAAACCUUCUCUAGAGCACUCAAGCUCUUAUUGGUUAGUGAGGUUUAACUUCUAUAUUCUUAUUUCUCUUGCAUCAUCGUCUUACAUAUUUAUUUGUUUCGGACUUUAGGAUAGGGGUCAUUUGAAAGAGGGAGAGGAUGUCACACUUGUCCAAA